GGGCUCCAAUCCGGUUCCAUCCGGUUCUCCCACCGCCCCCGCGACGGGUCGCAGCAGUUCGUGUGGUGGUGGCAGCGGCGGCUUGGCAGUGCGGCUCCUCGGUGACAGAUCCGACGACGCACGCGUCUCCCACCCCGCGCCGCCACGAUGCCCAAGAGGAAGGUUAGCGCGGAUGGAGCGGCCAAGGCGGAGCCCAAGCGCCGCUCCGCGAGGCUCUCGGCCAAGCCCGCCCCUGCCAAGGUGGACGCGAAGCCGAAAAAGGCCGCGGGAAAGGAUAAAGCAUCAGACAAAAAAGUGCAGAUAAAAGGGAAGAGGGGAGCGAAGGGCAAACAGGCUGACGUGGCUGACCAGCAAACCACAGAGCUGCCUGCAGAAAAUGGAGAGACGGAAAACCAGGUCAGAAGCGUGCGCAGGCGGGCACUGAUUCUGCGCAGCAGAUGUUAAAUUGGCUCUUUCGUGUAGCAGAUUAAGUUUUUAUGGGAACUUUUCUGUACAGUUCUCCAUGAAUAGGCAGCACAGUAAUGAACUAUGUUUUAUUUGAACUUGUACAAAUUAGUGAGAGUAAAUAAGAGAUUUACCUGUGUCAAUUUCAUCUGCAAUAGGAUGUAGAA